GUAGCUAUCUACGUUACUUGGCGAAACAAUGUGGUCUUGCUGGCAAAGAUGAUUGGGAGGCUUUACUAAUUGACGCGGCUGUUGAUACGAUACACGAUUUAAACACAUUAUUUAAACGCAACUUUAUAAUUUACACACUGAAGAAAUGAAAGUGUUUCGCAUAACGAUGAUAUAUAGUUCAAUUGUCUCUUGUUUCAAAUGCUAAAGAUUCAAUUUUAAAUGCUUUUUUUAAAUUUAAGAUAAAAAUUUUACUUUUACUAAAACGUUACAAAAACUCAAAAAUUCAAUUAAAAUUAAAUAUAAAAUUGUGUAGAAAUAUAAUAUAUUCAAAAAAAGUAUAUACGAUCGAAUUUCCAGUAAUUGCUUCUAAUUUUUUUUAAAUAUUAGUGAAUAUGCAAAGGGGGAAAUUAUUUCUCACAUUUCGCGUCCAUCGCUUGACUGCGCGCGAUCGCAGCGCAGCGUUGUGGCAACUGAACGAAUUACAGCCGUAGGGCGGGCGCGAUGUCUUUAAGCCCCAGGAAAUCAUCGCGAAUCGAAGACAUAAUCUCCACGGAGGAUGAUACCCUGGGAUCCUCCAUAAGCCUGAGCGUCGGGGACAACUCGGUGCGCAUCAAAGAGAAACCAAAAUCCAUGGUAAAGGAAGCCCAACAGUCAGCUGACAAGAAGGAUGAACCGGAUAAAUGGUGGCUAAAAAGACCCGAGACUCGUCUGGGUGUCCUGAGUGCCAAGAACGCGGAUGCGAAGACGAAGCAGUCUCCUACCGCUUUGACAGACGUCAGCUCCUCUAUGAAAGAAUUUCUUGAGAGAGAAAGGAUGUGCAAGGCGAUAUCCAAAAGUGAGGGAGAAGUGAAAGACAAGGAUGACACUUUAUGCGACGUACUCGCGUCUGCAGCUUUUGAUAAAUAUCCAUCAGACUUUGAAAAUGCCACUGAUGAAGACAUUGGUAGUAUCCUGGAGGAGAUGAGCAAAAUCGCUGGAGCGUUAACUCCCAAUUCAUGUCCCGAGCGUACAAAAUCUGAUGGCUCUAGUAAGAAUCCCACUGAAGAGGAGAAGUCUGUAGAGGAAUUGUUGGAAGAAGCUGAGAAACUGGUUAGGAAAAACUGUGACACUCUGUCCAAAAGUUUAUCGAAAUCAGAUACUUUACCAGAAGAUCAAGACAAUAGCUUGAGCAGGGUGAGGCAACUGGAAGCUGACAUUUUUCAAUUAAUAGAGGAAGAAGUGCACAAGGAGUCAGAAAAAAUCAAAAGAAGUCCGAAAAACGAGAGGAAAUGGGAGGAUAGUCCUGGAAUCGAGAUCCCUUACGAGAACCUGAGCAAUUUGAGACCACCAAAAACGCUGGAGCUCCAAAGGAGAAAAUUCGAGGAACAGAAGGUUGAGAUAUCGAGCAGUUCCGACUUGGACGAUCCGAUUGAGAGACACUCCAAGUCCGAGGAGCUGAAAAGCGUAAAGAAAAUUGGAGAAAUAGAAAAAGAGAAUCUGCAGAAGGAGAUCACGGACGUGGAUAAGGAUUUUUUUGAGGGUUUGUUGAGAAGAUCUAAGGAGAGGUCAGAGGGCGGAAUGUCGGGAAGUUCCAGUUUCGGACAAGAGGAUUUUUCGCAUUUCCUGAAGCUGCUGCAAGGGCAAAAUACAGACAAAUCAGAGCUGGAAUCAAAAGAGCCUAAUGCAGUGUAUGAUCUCUUCUUGAAAUCUACGAAUGGCGAAGUAGCGUCGACUGAGCAGGAUCGAUUAGCUAGUGGCAAAACUCCAGAAUUUCCCGAGAAAGAAUUUUCCGAGAUAUUAGAAAAGGAAUUACCGGCCAUUAAUAGCGCACACAUAGAUCAUGAGUUUAAUGAGAGCGAUUCUAGCGCAAGUGAAGAACGACGUAAAGGUGCACCGAAUUCUUUGUUAAGCGAAACAACGUUCUUGAAACGGUCUAAUAAUGAAUCUAAGAAGACUGUAUCAAAAGUCGUAGAGAGAGAAAGCAAUAGACAUGUGACAGAAGCCAAUAAAAAGACAGUUAAUCCUGAAAGUGAGUUGUACACAGUAGGAUUGACACCAAGAUUAGAACUGUUUGCAGAUGCGAUACCCAAACUUAUGGCCGAAAAGUUGAAUGAAAACGUCGCGAAGGAGGAGAAUGUGGAAAAGGUAGACUCGGAGCACAAAGAAUCUGCUGAUUCAGAAACGAAGAUUGACGCAAAUGCGGAAAAUUCAUAUGUCGCUAAAGCAUCGAAAACUUCAAAGUUGCAUUAUCAAGAAGUACCUGAACUUGGCGUUUCGAGUAAAGCAAUAGAUGUACCUAAAACUGACCGUACUAUUAAUGCAUCAAGCAAUAAGCAAUUAAAGAAAGAACUAAGAUUCUGCAAGUCAAAGAGCUACGAUCAAAUAUCCCAGCCUCCCCUGAGAGCCUCUCUCGAGAAUAUCGAUAAGAUUAACAAGGCGUUGGACGUAUCUAAGAAACUUGUAAAUCCAGUUUGCAGAAAAUUGUCGACCGUAAAACCAAAAGUGCAGUCCCGACCGAUUUCUAAAUCCGCGCCUAAAUCCAGCUCAACCUUAAGAAAAGCAGAUUUUGUUGUUAAAGUUGGGUCCACAUCCAGCUUGCCAACCGCGUACAAAGGACCCCAAUUGAAAUCGCCCGUCAGUUACAAGAAAAAUUUUAUGGCUGCUGGAGAUUCAAAACAAAUUCCGACAAAAUACGAUUGGGAAAUAUUGUAUCGCGAGGAGAGACACAAGAAUGCGCUGUUGAAGCAACAGUUGGAGGCUGAGGCGAAACUGUAUAAGAAUCAAAUUGAGGACAUGCGUACAUCCUUCGAGGGAGAGCUGUUUGCCUUGAAAAAACAGAACAUAAUCUUGAAGGCGCGAGUCGAUGAAUGCUCUUUAAGCGAGAGACGCGUGGAGAUUCCCGUUAAGAACGACACGAGAGUCGGUCUUUUAGAACAGGAAUUGGAAAAGCAGGAAAGCCUGAUUCGUGCUUAUGAGACCGAGAACAAGAAGUUGAUACAAGAUACAAAACGUAUGCAAGAAGAAUUGAAGAAUUUACAGUCUAAGCAGAAGAGCACGGUAUCAGAAGUGAACGAUGCGCAGCAGCUUGCCGAUCGGAUAAAGGAUCUCCAGGAAGAGACGUUGAAGCUGAACCUCGAGAUGUCCGAACUGAAGGAAAAGAAUGCCGAUUAUUUAUUAAAGAACGACGAUCUAAUUCAACAAAACAGUUUGCUCACGGAUGAAUUGGAUAUGUUUAAAGAUCAGUUGAGAGCGAAGAACAAUUUUAUCACGGAUCGACUGCAAGUGAUGACCACUACGGAAUUGGAACUUAAGAAACAGGUAGAGGAUCUGAGUGUUAAAUUAAGCUCCAAGUCAGAGCAGUUGCGAGUGACUAAACAGGAGCUGGAUAAGUUUCAACAAGACGUAUUACCUCUGGAGAAGGAACUGAUGGCGUUGAGAGUCAAGGAGGAGAAUCUCCAGGAGAAAUUACAGGUAAGCAAAAGCCACGUCGAACGUGAGAAGCAGCUGACCCAGAGGCUCAAGGAUCAGGUUAUUCUGGAUAACAAGAAGGUUAUGGAUCUGAAUAGACAAGUGCGCGAGUUGGAGCGUAUACUUAAGAGAAAAAAUCCUGACUCGGUGUCAGCUCUCAUACUAACCGCCAAUUCGGAACAGGAGAAGAUCGGUUCCGAGAAGGUAAAGCUCCUGGAGGAGAGAAUAGCUAGUCUCGAGAACGAGAUCAAGACCAAGGAGAAUAUCGCGCAGCAGAAUCUGGUUGACCUGCAGAAAAAAUUCUCCGAUAUGAAGGAAAAGUAUGCGAUACAGGUGAUGGAGUUAGAGGCAAAACUGCUGGAGGCAACUACAAAGGAACACAAGUUGUAUAGUGAUAUGUUCACACAGACAACGGUCAAGUACAUCGAAAAUAAGAGCAUGGAAAAUAACAAGAAAGACGACAAAGCUUCGACCGUGGAAGAUAAGAGAGAUCAGAAAGCGAUCAAAGUUGGACCGAAGUCUCAAAAUCCAAGAGAAGACGCGCAUCUUCUUGCUACCAUAAGAGGUCUGAAGCUAGAGAUAGCGAACAAGGACAAAGCGGUCUCGAAGAUAACCAAGGAAUAUCAGGAGCUACAAAAAACGAACCGACGGUUUCAAAAGGAGCGGGAAAAACUGUUGAACGAUCGAAGGAGCUUCAGGAGCAUGGAUUUCGACAAAGUGUUCCGAGGAAUGAAAAACGGUGAAGCGAACGAUCAAAAUUCGAAUGUCUAUCAGAAUGGGCAUAUUUCCGACUCGCAGAAGCUAUCGUCAUCCAUGCCAAAGUUGUACGAUCCGAUGCAGUACACAGAGAAUGGCAAAAAUGGAAUUAUCAAAAAGUUGACCAGUGAAAACGACAUCCUGAAGGAAGAGCUGAGCAAAAUGAACAAGGACUUUAUGGCGCUGAAGAGCAAAAGAUUGUAUGAUUUGAAUCUCUUACAGGAGGAACACGAGCGGGAAAUGGCUACUCUUGUGAAAGAAUACAGUAUCAAAAUUGGAGAUUCUAAAGUGGUAAAGUUACAGGGUCAGAUUAAUACUCAGGGAGCAAUCAUAUCGCAUUUAAAAGAACAGGUGGAAAAGUUCAGGGAUUACAAGGAACAGGUGAUCAUACUGAAAGCUGAAAGAGAGCACUUGGAGAAUAAAGUGAAAACACUGACCGAAAAAGUCAAGUACUUAUCGACGCCGGGAACGGAACAAUUGCAAUUGUUGCAAGACAAGAUCACGAUCCUCCAGCAACGUCAUGAGAGCAGGGAGAUGACAUUGCAGACGUUAAUUCGUGAUUUACUGAGGAAUCGAACGCAGUGCAAAGAUUGCAAAAACAAUAAGGGCAAGAAUCGGCAGCUCUGCUACUUCCGACAGGAACUCGAUCAUAUCUUAGCGAUGCUACAGGAAAUUGCUAACGUCCAGUGAUUAUCACCGAAUCGAGAAAACGUCUCUAAAUAGUCACACAACACAUUUGAAGUUCUCGGUUUGUUAUCGAAUAUUGUGAUAAUUUUUACAAGAGUAAUAUUUGCGAUGUAGCUUAAAUAAUUUGUGAGAGAGGCAUUAGAUACUUCAGGUAUCAAAGUAUAGAUAUAUGUAAACGCGUUUAUUCGCGAUACUCAGCCAAAAUGUUUAGUCGAUGCUUCCAUCGACUCUUCCAGAAUUGACAACCAUUGUAAUGUGUGCAAUUUUAUUUUUUGCGUCCGUGAUACCGCUCGUUCUGCGAGGUCAUUUAAUCAGUACAGAUCAGUCUCGCAAAUGACUCGGUAGGCUCGGAACACUGCCAAAGAGAGAAACGCUACCGUGUGACUAGCACAGCAGCGUAUAUAAUAACGAAUGUACUACUGCAUUACAAUCUUUUCCAAUUUUUCUCCGUCGUCAAUUUUCUUGUCACGCGCGGUGCAACGUCCGAGAAUACUGCCCGCUAUUAGCAUAAUCUAUUUUAUUGAAUCAAAAAUUAAUUUUUAGACUAAGUCGUACACUUUUAAGAUUACAUAUUUUUAUUUAUUUACUCUUUGAACGUAUAUGAAAUGCUGCUUGCAACGUUUCUUCAAAUCCAUGUUGCUGCAGCUGAAUUUUUUUCUUAUAAUAAACUAUAGUGCAUGAUAAUUGGACGGAGGAAAAAAAGAAUAUAGAUAUAAAAUAUCUUCGUAAGUUUCUUCCAAAGUUAAAUAAUAUAUCUAGUUUUUUACAGAUAAUUUUUUUCGAAACUUUGCUGUACAUAUAGGCGUUGUAAGAGAUAAACUGCUAUAUUUAUUUCAGAUAAUACUUCACGUCGUUAUUUUCGCGAUCAACGAAGUCGAGUCGCUCGACUAUAUCAUGUGUAUUAUAUCAUAAGUAGCUUAUGUAAGUAGUUUAUCAUUGUUGCCAAGCCUAGCUGGUGAUCUCGUCAAAUGUAGCCUUGUCUGUACGCGUUUGUAAUAAACGCAAGAACACCGCACAAAUUGAUGUGGCCGAGAUUUAAAGGAUAAUUAGCAAUUUAUCUUUCGUAUUUAAAAAAUGCAAAAUCUGCAGAUUUUUUUGAGAAAUAAAUAUCUUUCUCAGACUCGGUUACAUCGAAGCACACACAAUUACAUUCUUUUUUUAAAUAGAUUUAAGCUUGUCACACGCAAUGUACAAAAAUUCACAAAAUUAUAACUUUAAUAAACUCAACUCUUUUUGUCGAAGAA